AUGGCUAAAACUCUUCUUAAAACACACAACCUGUUUUCUGCUCUGCCUACGAUCAUCCUCUUUUGUUUGUUGCAACUAAGCAAUGUUAAGUCUGAUUCAUUUUCAUUCAGCUUCUCAAGUUUCGGGCCAGAACAAAAUUUUGAUAUUGGUUAUCUUGGCGAUGCCCGUCCAUCAGGUGGGGUUAUACAACUAACAAGAAGAGAUGGACCAGAUGGUAUUACUCUCCAGAAACACAGUGUUGGUCGAGCUGUUUAUAUUCCACCAGUGCGCCUGUGGGACAAAAGCACAGGCAAACUUGCAGACUUUGAAACUGAGUUCUCAUUCAUGGUGGACUCAGCUGGUAGAGAAAUCCAUGCUGAUGGGUUGGCCUUCUUUAUGAUACCAUUUGAUGCUGACCCCAGAAUUCCAAAAAAUUCAACUGGGGGAUUCCUUGGACUAUUUAGUCCUGAAACUGCUUUCAACACAAACCAGAAUCAAAUUUUGGCUGUUGAGUUUGACAGCUUCGGAAAUGUAUGGGAUCCCAUUCCUGUACCCAUAGCUCCUCAUAUUGGAAUAGACAUAGACUCUCUUGAAUCAUUGAGAACUGCAGAUUGGCCUAUUAAUUCUGUUCCUGAAGGAUCAAUAGGAAAAGCUAGUAUAAGCUAUAACUCCAAUGCUCAAGAAUUGACUGUUGUGUUUGGUUAUUUUAAUACUCCUCCAAAAAAAUUUGUUACCCUCGCACAAACAAUUGACUUGGGGGGUGUUCUGCCGGAAUGGGUCAGAAUUGGUUUCUCUGGUGCCACUGGCGAUGAUGUUGAAACACAUGACAUUCUUUCCUGGUCUUUCAGUUCUCGCAUCUAG